GUUGAUGAGCGCAUCCACCACCUUCACUUGUCCCUGAUCAUCAUGAUAUCUCGCUUUGCAAAGUCUUUUCUGCUACUAGUAGUCGCCCUUCUCGUCCUUACCAUGGUGGGAUUCAUACAUCCCCCAUCCCGGUCAUAUCUUGACCCAUGGACAGGGCAACUAUUUGGUGAAGGAGGCGUCGAAAAUACGCUUAACCUUAACGAGCCACCGCAACCUCCCGCAGAUUCCUCUCCCGACCUCAGUGCCGCCACUGUCAAAGGCGGAGUGAUAAUGGAGAAACUCGGAAAUGCUACGGCGAAGGCAGAACUUGGGAGAGCGACAUGGAAACUCUUGCACACAAUGACUUUGCGGUAUCCUGAGCACCCUACCGAAGACGAACGGCAUGCACUAGCUUCAUAUUUCCAUCUUUUCUCGCGACUGUACCCAUGCGGCGAAUGUGCUGCCGAAUUUCAAGCCUUAUUGAAGAAGUAUCCGCCACAGACCUCGAACAGGCUCAAUGCGGCCCUCUGGUUAUGCUCUGUGCAUAAUGAAGUCAACAAACGACUCAAGAAACCUGAUUUCGACUGUGCACAUCUGGAUGAUACCUACGAUUGCGGCUGUGGAGAUACGCCAAUCAAUGAUCUCAAAAAAACGCCCGAGGAUACGACCAAGGAUGACUUAACUGGUGUGGGUUUGAUACGCGGAGGAAGAUGA